UCUAAAUAAAAAACAGCCCAAAAUGCAAAAGCUUUGAUCAAUUGUUUCUGUUUUUAUCGUUUUUCUCAAACAGAAGAAAAACAAAGGACAAGUCUUAUCCAAAUUCCAAGGUUUCUCUUUUUCCUCUCUCACUCUUUCCGGCCACCCCACAUGCUCUUUCUGUCUCGAAGGCCUCACUUUGAAGUUCUUCAACAAGCUUAAUAGUGUUGAUGAUGUGAACUUGAAAGCUAGCCACAAUUGCAUAGUUGUUUUUGUACUACACUACCGGUUCUGUUCUGUUUUGCUCUAUUUUUGUGGAACUUGAAGAAGAAGAAGAAGCCCUGUUUCUACUUUCUACUCCAUUGUGUUUGAGAAAAAAGGUGAACAGAAGCUACUAUUACCAAGAAGAAUUAUGGUAAAACGAGACUGAGAAACCAUGGGACACCAUAACAAUGGAGGAUCAUGGCCUCCAAUAGGGGCCCCACUCAACGUGAGAGCUGAUCAACUUCAACAUUGGACUAGCAACUUCGAUAGCACGGUUAAUGCUGUGUCUUUUGGCUUCGUUGCCACUGCAAUUCUCAUCUCCAUGUUCUUAGUCAUGGCUAUCUUUGAGAGGUUCCUCAGACCACCGCCGCCGCCGCCGUCCGGUCGCCGGAGCCGUCGUGCCGUUGAGUCUCAGGUGGCUCUUGGUGGGAAGCUCGGUCACUCAUCACCCAAAAUGAAUGGAUAUGGAAGCUGGGUUUCAGUUUUGAUGCCUGGAGAAGAGACUCCUUCGUUCAUUGCUCAUCCUGCUCCUGCACCAUGUUCCCCUGAACGGAUUUCAUGGCCUUCCCAUCAUCAGAAUAAAACAUUACCUUGUUCUACUUCCAACAUUAUUCCGCCUAAUAUCGACCAAGUAUGAUACAACUGACUUUGAUAAAGUUCUGCAAUCUGCAUGUUUAUGUCAAAAAUAGACUGUUUUGGAGGGUUAUACCAUGAUGUAUAUAGGAUUUAGUCUAGUGCACACUGGCUUUGGCGCGCAUUGAGGUUCAUACGCAUGUUUUAAAAUACUUCUAUAAUUGAUUUUGUAGCUGAAAUCAAUUCUGGAAAAAAGAUUCUACGAGUAGUUUCUUAGUGUGAGAAUUGAUUCUCAAAGAAUAGAAACUGAUCCAAACAUGUGUCCAAACGUUUCUUUUCUAUAUUGACGACUUGGGAUUUCCCAGUGUAAAUUGGCAGUUCUCAAUGCAUGGAGUGUUGUGAUC